UCGAACAAAAUCACAAAAAAAACAAAGCCAUCUCAUCACCCACCAAAAACAUGUCUAAUUCUUUUCUGUAACUAACUUUAACCCACCUUAUAGUCCACUCACCGGAAACUACUAAAUUAUGUGUAAGUGCUUCAGCUUCACCGAAGCCAAAAUCUGGUGCUUGAGAUCAACUUUCACCAAAUCCGGCCUCCGAUCCACCUUCACUGACCUCAGAGACGGCACCAUCAUGCACUGUUGGGUCCCCAAUACCCGGAAUGACUCAAAAUCGGAUCUUCUCUUGAUCCAUGGCCUCGGUGCCAACGCAUUAUGGCAGUGGGCUGACGUUGUCCCUCAAUUGGUUCACUACUUCAAUGUUUAUGUCCCAGACUUGGUGUUUUUCGGUGAGUCUUUCACCACUCGGCCUGAACGUACAGACUCGUUCCAAGCUGAGUGUAUGAUGAAAGUGAUGGAGGUGAAUUCGGUUAAGAAAUUGAGUCUGGUGGGGAUGAGUUAUGGUGGAUUUGUUGGGUACAGUAUGGCCGUGAAGUUUAAGGAGAAUAUAGAAAGGGUGUUGAUAUGUUGCUCAGGGGUGUGUUUAGAAGAGAAAGACUUCAGAGGGGGGAUGUUUAAGAUCUCGGAUUUGGAGGAGGCUUCAAGUAUUUUAGUCCCACAAUCGCCUGAAAAGCUUAAACAGUUGAUGGGAUUUAGUCUUUAUAAGCCGCCACCGACUUGGUUGAUUCCAUCUUGCCUGCUUGACGAUUUCAUUGAUGCAAUGUGUAGAGAGUUUGCAGAAGAGAAGAGGGACUUGAUCCGAGCCAUACCCAAAGACCGAAAAAUCUCCAACAUUUCCAAGAUUACUCAGCCCACUUUGAUUCUCUGGGGAGAAUGUGAUCAAAUAUUUCCAGUAGAACUGGGGUACAGACUGAAAAGGCAUUUGGGUGAUAAUGCUGAGCUAGUGGUAAUCCCGAAUGCUGGGCAUGCUUUCAAUGUUGAGAAGCCGAAGGAGUACUACAAGCAUCUAAUAUCUUUCUUACUAGACUCGCAUCCGACUUCAACAUGCCUUCCUUCCCACCAACAAUACCAUAAAUGAUCGCUGAGAGAAUGUGUAUUUUGAUCUCUAACUUAAUCUAAGCGGCAAGGGAGAUAAAAACCAGAAAUUAGUCAAUGAGGGGCUGCAAUUUUUUGAAGCCAAACAAAUGGUUUUCUUCUGUUUAAUUAGGCACAUCCCACUUCAUGAAGUGAGGAUGACCAAGCCAUUAAUUGUCACUGAUUCUAUCCGAUCAAAAGAAAUGGAUACAAGCUUUUUAUUAGUGUGGGUAUGCAA